CGCUUGAGUCGUUGCUAGGUCCCGUUGGGUCCUUUCAGAUUGGAACUUCACUCCUUUAAAGUCGGCUUCUCCCAGCGUCAAUUGCCUCGUUAUAACUGCAUCGCACAAGUCUAGACUUCUGCAUUUCUCGCGCCAGGUCUACAGUACAAUGCGCACCGGUGUCUUGCUCAGUGUCGCUUUUGCGACCACCGUCUUUGCUCAUGGCGGCGCUCACUCGCAGAAGCCCGUGGUUGAUGCCAAUGCAGACUGGAUGACCAAACAUAUGGCGGAGGAGCAUCAUGUUCAAGGCUGGGACGCCGACUCCUUCUUCACCCUCCACGAUUACAACAGCGACGGCUGGUGGCAAGCUGCUGAGCUGAUGCGAACGUAUGGUCUCUUCGACGAAUCAAACAAGGGCAUGGACGAGAAGAAGAAGGACGAGGUCCGCGAUGUUCUGCUGGGUCUUCUCGAUAAGGACGGCGACUCCUCUGUCAGUCGCCAGGAGUGGAUGGACUUUAUCAAGUCUGGAAAGACACUCCCCGACCUUAACACUGGCCCCGGCCACCACGGCGAUGAUGAGUACGAGUAUGAGAUCCAUCAUUGGGAAAAGUACCACGACGACAACACCAAGCUCGAGGACCUGACACAUCCCGAAGACAUUGAGCAUUUUAAGAAACACGACGAGAUGGAGGAUGCCCAGGAACGCCUCGAAGCAAUGCAGAAGCUCUCCAUCGUCGAGGCCAACAUUCCUCAAAAGUUCCGACGACAAUAGACGAUAGAACGCGAUACUGAACUGUAUUUUACUUUACCUAGAAUACCAUGACUGGGGCAGGGACUCGGGGCGUGUGUGAUAGGGGCGCAUGACAUCAUGAUGGAUGAAUCUGAAAUUCUAUGUACUCGACAUUAUUGGGAUAAUAAGCAUGAUACACGAUAUAGCUAGAUCUUGUAAACAUGGACGUCAAAGACGCAGUGCCAGACGCCUGGUGCGAAUGUCUUGACAAGCUCGAUAUGCUCGGCCUUGGCUGUCCGCUCUGUUCCUUGGCUCCAGUCCUCGAAUUUGCGCUGUAUCUCCUGGCGUCUUGUUUCCGUGUCGUUUGCGCCAACGUUUUCGUGAAGAUGCAGCCAUGUCUCACUGCCUGGAGAGGAAAUAUCCCACGUGUCUCUCCAAGUUGGUUCGCUUGUUGGCAGGAAACCACAGUUGAUGUGCCGUAUGUCUUGUGCCAUAUCAUUACCCUGUAGCGACCGUAUCCUCUUUCGAGCUUCCUCAUUGCUCUCCAGGAAUACAAUAAUCUGCUCUCCUCCGUUUAUGAUGUCUUCGUUUGGUAGGGCCAGAUCUUCACCUUGAACAAUUCGAACGCUCCAUCGGUUUGCUUUGGCGCCACGUCGUAGACCUUCGACACUCCAUGGGUUGAUCUCCCAGCACAAGACUCUCAUGCCAAGUCGAGCAUAUGAAAAAACAAAGUAGCCGAUUCCAG